GGGCAGUUGGUCUCUGCCCUCAGUCAGUCGGGUAGUCAGUGACAGUGCGCGCGGAGCAGCCGUACAGGAGGCGGCAGCGGCGAACUAGUUGGGGGGGAUCCGCAGACAGCAGGCAGGCAGUGGGGGGCACAUGAACCCAGGUGAGCGGGCAGGCAGGCAGGCAGGCGCCUGAGUGACACACACGGCCGGCAUUUGCCCGCUGCCCUGCACUGAUGGACUGCGGAGGGCUCGCUGUGCUGCUGGGGGAGAGAUGAAGUGACAGUCCCCACCGUCGGCCCUGCUCAUCGGACAGGACCAGCCCGGACAACUGAACAGUUUGAGUGUUAAAAAGUCUUGAGGAGCAUCAUCCACAGCCAGCAGUAUGUCGACUGUACAGACCACGGUGUCUGAUCUCCGCACUAGGGCUGGGGGCUAUGAGAAGACUGAUGAUGUUUCUGAAAAGACCUCACUGGCUGAUCAAGAAGAAAUGAGAACUAUUUUUAUCAACCAGCCCCAGCUUACAAAAUACUGCAACAACCAUGUCAGCACUGCAAAGUACAAUGCCAUCACGUUUCUGCCAAGAUUUCUCUACUCUCAGUUCAGAAGAGCAGCCAACUCGUUUUUCCUGUUCAUUGCCCUGCUCCAGCAAAUCCCAGACGUGUCACCUACAGGGCGUUAUACAACAUUGGUUCCACUGUUGUUCAUUUUGGCGGUAGCUGCAAUCAAGGAAAUCAUAGAAGAUUUUAAACGGCACAAAGCUGACAAUUACGUGAACAAGAAGAUAACACAUGUUUUGCGGAACGGGGCCUGGGAGAUCGUACACUGGGAAAAGGCAAAUGUUGGAGAUAUAGUUAAAAUAACUGGCACAGAGUAUAUACCCGCUGACAUUAUACUUCUCUCAUCAAGCGAGCCACAAGCGAUGUGCUACAUUGAAACAUCAAAUCUAGAUGGGGAAACGAAUCUAAAGAUCCGUCAGGGCCUGUCGCUGACUUCAGACAUGAAAGACAUAGAUACAUUGAUGAGCUUAUCUGGCAGAAUCGAAUGUGAAAGCCCAAACAGGCAUCUCUAUGAUUUCAAUGGGAACAUUAGGCUGGAUGGACAUGGUACUGUCCCGCUUGGUCCAGACCAGAUCCUUCUGAGAGGAGCUCAGCUGAGGAACACUCAGUGGGUGCAUGGAAUAGUUGUCUACACAGGUCAUGACACGAAGCUCAUGCAGAAUUCAACGAGACCUCCGCUGAAGCUGUCCAACGUGGAACGGAUAACCAACAUGCAGAUCCUGCUUCUCUUCGGCACUCUCAUCGCCAUCUCCUUAGUCUGCUCCAUUGGAUCUUCUAUAUGGAAUUUGCAGCAUGAGCAGAAGGACUGGUAUCUCAAUCUGAACUAUGGUGGAGCUAACAACUUUGGACUGAAUUUUUUAACGUUCAUCAUUCUCUUCAACAAUCUCAUACCCAUCAGUUUGCUGGUGACUCUGGAAGUGGUGAAAUUUAUACAAGCAUACUUCAUAAACUGGGAUGUAGACAUGCACUAUGAACCAACAGACACCUCUGCCGUAGCCAGAACAUCUAACCUCAAUGAGGAAUUAGGACAGGUAAAAUACAUAUUUUCGGAUAAAACUGGGACCCUGACCUGCAAUGUAAUGCAGUUUAAGAAGUGCAGUAUAGCAGGAAAUGCCUAUGGUCACUGUCCAGAGCCAGAGGACAAUAGAUAUUGUGAAGAUAGUUGGAUUGAACCAAAGAGUGACGACGGCCAAGGCUUUGAUGACACCACCCUUCUGGAAAAUCUUGAAAAUAACCACCCCACUGCCCCUGUGAUAUGCGAGUUUCUUACAAUGAUGGCAAUCUGUCAUACUACUGUUCCAGAACGUGAUGGAGAUCAGAUCAUCUAUCAGGCAUCAUCUCCUGACGAAGGGGCACUGGUAAGAGCAGCAAAGCAACUGCGUUUUGUCUUUACUGGAAGAACUCCUGAUUCUGUAAUCAUAGAAUCGCUUGGUCAGGAGGAAAAGUUCGAUUUGCUAAAUGUGCUGGAAUUUACAAGUAAUCGAAAACGUAUGUCUGUGAUCGUCCGUAACUCAUCUGGGAAACUGAGAUUGUACUGCAAGGGGGCUGAUACAGUAAUUUAUGACCGUCUGGCUGAAACAUCAAAGUACAAAGAAAUUACACUAAAACAUCUGGAGCAGUUUGCUACAGAAGGUCUGAGGACUCUCUGCUUUGCUGUGGCUGCUAUCCCCGACAGUGUGUAUGAAGAAUGGCUGGAUGUGUACCACAGAGCCUCCACCUCCAUACAGAACAGAGCUCUGAAACUGGAAGAGUGCUAUGAGCUGAUUGAGAAGAACCUUCAUUUACUGGGAGCCACAGCCAUUGAGGACAAGCUCCAAGACAAUGUACCAGAAACCAUUGAGACACUAAUAAAAGCAGACAUCAGAAUUUGGAUUCUAACGGGAGAUAAGCAGGAAACUGCCAUCAAUAUUGGACAUUCAUGCAGACUGCUGACCAAAAAUAUGGGCUUAAUUGUUAUAAAUGAAGGAUCACUUGAUGCAACUCGUGAGCUUUUAAGUCAUCACUGUAGCACUCUUGGCGAUUUACUCAGAAAGGAGAAUGACUUCGCUUUAAUAAUCGAUGGCAAGUCUCUGAAGUAUGCUUUGACGUUUGGCGUAAGACAGUAUUUCCUCGAUCUUGCACUGUCAUGUAAAGCUGUGAUAUGUUGCAGGGUGUCUCCUCUUCAGAAAUCCGAGGUGGUGGAUAUGGUGAAAAAGCAAGUGAAAGUCAUCACCCUAGCUAUCGGCGAUGGAGCAAAUGAUGUCAGCAUGAUCCAGACUGCGCACGUUGGUGUUGGUAUUAGUGGUAAUGAGGGACUUCAGGCUGCAAACUCUUCCGAUUACUCCAUCGCGCAGUUUAAAUAUUUGAAAAACUUAUUACUGGUCCAUGGUGCAUGGAACUACAACAGAGUCUCCAAGUGCAUUUUGUACUGUUUUUAUAAGAACAUUGUACUUUAUAUUAUUGAGAUUUGGUUUGCCUUUAUGAAUGGAUUUUCUGGACAGAUUCUCUUUGAAAGAUGGUGUAUUGGUCUGUACAAUGUGAUGUUCACAGCACUCCCGCCUCUGACUCUUGGAAUAUUUGAGAGAACCUGCCGCAAAGAGAACAUGUUGAAGUAUCCAGAAUUGUACAAGACGUCACAAAAAGCGCUAGAUUUCAAUACAAAAGUUUUUUGGGUUCAUUGCUUGAAUGGUCUUUUCCAUAGUGUUAUCCUGUUUUGGUUCCCAUUGAAAGCUCUGCAGCAUGAUAAUGUGUUUGCUAAUGGGAAAACAUCAGACUACCUUUUAUUGGGAAAUAUUGUAUAUACCUUUGUGGUGAUAACGGUCUGCCUGAAAGCAGGAUUAGAAACAUCACAUUGGACCAUGUUCAGUCAUGUGGCUAUUUGGGGAAGUAUUGUGCUGUGGAUUGUUUUCUUUGGAAUCUACUCUUCUUUGUGGCCAGCAAUUCCUCUAGCACCUGACAUGUCAGGAGAGGCAGAUAUGAUGUUCAGCUCUGGUGUCUUCUGGAUGGGGCUUUUAUUUAUUCCUGUGACAUCUUUAAUUUUUGAUGUAUUUUAUAAAGCUGUCCAAAAAACAAGCUUUAAGAAUUUGGUUGAUGAGGUUCAGGAACUGGAAGCAAAGUCCCAAGAUCCUGGAUCUGUUGUACAUGGGAAAAGUUUAACAGAGAGAGCACAACUGCUGAAAAACGUCUUCAAGAAAAAUACAGUCAACAUGUACCGUUCAGAGUCUGUUCAACAGAACCUGCUCCAUGGAUAUGCUUUCUCUCAAGAUGAAAACGGAAUUGUUUCACAGUCUGAAGUGAUCAGAGCAUAUGACACCACGAAGCAGAAAGCAGAAGACUGGUGAAAUGAAAUCUAUCCAUCUGUCCCUUGUAGACAAUAACCAUGAAAUAUCAAAACUUUUCUUCAGGUUUCAAAUAGAUCUGUGGUGUAAAAAUGUCUCACAGCUGAAAAAAGAAACAACAUUAAAAUAAGUUGUUCAUUUCUAACAAA